AUGAUACCUCGACUAAGCUCUUCUUCGAGGUGGGUGUCCCGAUUACCGGAGUUUGCAAGUCGUGCUCUUCAGGUAGACCAGAUGGAGCUGGAUUCGGCGCUGUCGCAGAUGUACUCACUCUGCUUGAAGCCCUCUCUAGUUAGCAAAAUGAGCAAGGCACGUAAAAUGACAAAAAAUCACUAUCACCGUGAUGAUCCUGCUUUUAUUGUUCUUCAGGUGCUGGCCUUAGUCAUUACAGUUGUGGCUUACGGUUUGGCACUAAAAGGUAGCUUACUGCAGAUUAUUUACAAUAUAUUAUAUGAAGUAGGAGUGACUUACCUAUUUAUAGGUGUGAUUAUGGCAUCACUAACUUGGGUGUUUGCAAAUCAGUUUCUGAUGAGUAGUAGUGGCAACCUGCAUGAGGUAUCGCAGGAGGCGGAUUGGCAUUACUCGUUUGACAUUCACUGCAACGGUUUCUUCCCCUAUUUUGUUUGGACAAGAGUAAUCCAAUUUAUGAUUUUACCGCUGCUCCUUCAGCCAUCCUUUUUGGCGUGUCUGAUUAGCAAUUGCUUGUACAUGAUUGGGUUUGUGUUGUACGCAUAUAUAGUGUUUCUUGGCUACUUGGAGCUUCCAAUGCUGGUACAGCAGCAGAAAUUGGUGUACCCGGUGCCUGUUAUUGUGAUCUUUAUACUUUUUAUUACUUUUUUUGCCAGGUGGAAUUUGAGUCAGUGGAAUUUGUCCCAGAUGUGGCAAGAUUAA